AUGGUUGCUCCAUCAUGACUAUUCAUGGUACAAGCCUUCGCCAUGCUUCACUAUCCUAUACGGUUCUCAUUACUUCUGCUAUUGACAUAUUUGUUGGAGAAUCACUAUCACAAAGAAAUAUUCAAGUGAAUCCCCUCAGAAACUGAAACAGAAGGAAUAUCGUCAAGGAAUCAAAGGAUAAGUUUGACAUGCACUGGUUUGCACCUUGACAAUUAACAAGAGACCAGUUUUAUACAAGCUAAAGGGAGACAGAACAUGGCAACUUCCAGUGACCAUUAAAAGUUCAAUCGAAUUGAUCUUGAUUAAUUUUUUAUAUUACAAUGAUUUUAAGUUAGUUUGUUUAGUCCAGGCGUUCCUGUAAAAAAACUAUAAUACCUCACCUUCUACUGUAAGGAUUUUAAUGAUUUUUUCGGUUUUGGUAUUAAAACAUUGAGAGAAUCCCAUAAAUCAAGAAUCACGCCAUUUUAGGCUCAAAAAACAUCAGUUUUAUGUGAGAAAAAUUGUUGCUUUUAGUACAGGUGCACCUGAAAGUUUUUGCUAUUAAAUUUUUCUUACAACCUGUUUAUUAUUAAUGUUCUAUUAAUUAAAAAAAAAUUUGACAUGCACCUUGACAAUUAACAAGAGACCAGUUUUAUACAAGCUAAAGAGAGACAGAACAUGGCAAAUUCCAGUGACCAUCAAAAGUUCGAUCGAACUGAUCUUGAUUAAUUUUUUAUAUUACAAUGACUUCAAGUUAGUUUGUUUAGUCCCGGCGUUCCUGUAAUAAAAACUAUAAUAUCUCACCUUAUAUUGUAUGGAUUUUAAUGUCAUUUUAAGAUCAAAAAUCAUAAUUUUCAUUAAAAAAAAAGAAUUUUUUUCAGUACAGGUACUCCUGUAAGAUUUUUCUUAUUAAACUCGUAAAUUUUCCAUUAAAAAUUAUUUGUAGAGAUUUAAAAAAAAAGUAUUAAUUUUAAAUAUUAGUAGUCCAAAAGUACAAAAAAAAGUUUGACAUGCACUAGUUGGCACCUCGAUUCAUCAGUCAAUUAACAACAGUCCGUAAAUACCCUGAUGCUGAUGAUGGUUCUAUUUCGUACGAAACGUCUGUAAAACUUGAGAAAAUUUGCUUGUAAAACAGUAAUAAAUAUAAUUUUUACUUAAAAAAUGACAUAACAUUACUUGUCAAAUAACAUGGUUAAAAAUAUUAAAUGGUUUAUUACAUAUGUCACAAUUUAACAAAAAAAUUUAUAAAUGUUUUAAUGGCAGGCAAAUGUAUUUAGGUCUGUCUUAGGCUUAACAUUAUCCCCCUCAUAAUAAUAAUAAUUCCCAUGGUGAUACCCAAAGAACGUGAAUUAUCGAUCACACUAACCCUGCACAUAAAAAUGCAUAUACCUGCAAUCACUUCCUAAUCUUGAAGUUGUCAACCUUGUGUUAUUGACAAUUGCCUCCAACAUACUCCCUUGAAAAGAUGACCGAGAGACUCCUUCCAUCCGUUAACACUUUAGUAAAAUAUGAUAACCCGAUUUUGGUGACCAAAUAUGAAAGACCCUCGACAUCUACAGAUGGCGAUGGCGAACCAUCUAGAAAAAGCGUUUUAACAGCAGACCAAAAGCACGAGACUGAAGAGAUACUGAACACGAUAUUGCCGCCAAAAGAAUGGGAGGAAGACGGUCAGUUAUGGAGACAACAAGUUUCCACCACUCCGGCUACACGAUUGGAUGUGGUCAAUUUACAAGAACAGUUGGAUAUGAGGUUGCAACAAAGACAGGCUAGAGAAACGGGUAUUUGUCCAGUGCGAAGAGAAUUAUAUACUCAAUGCUUUGACGAAGUAAUAAGACAAGUGACCAUCAAUUGUGCGGAACGAGGACUAUUGCUUCUGAGGGUGCGGGACGAAAUGCGAAUGACCAUUGAGGCGUACCAAGCAUUAUAUUGCAGCAGUAUUGCGUUCGGUAUGAGAAAAGCUUUGCAAGCUGAGCAAGGGAAGUCCGAUUUGUACCAAGAAGUCGAUCUACUGAAAAAUGAAAAGUUAGACCUGGAGCAUCAAAUAACGGAAUUAAAGCAGCGGGCGGAGCAAGCUGAUAGACGAGCCGCCGAGACACGACUGGCCGAAGAAAGGAAGCAUACUGAGGAAAUUGCUUUUUUGAAAAAGACCAACCAACAACUUAAGGCACAACUUGAAGGCAUCAUAGCUCCGAAGAAGUAAUAGGGAUCAAGCAAAGAAACCAACUGAAGAUCUUUAUAUUAGGUACAUAUAUUUAGUCUUUUCCGAAGCUCAUUUUACAUUGUGUUUUAUACAUACAUAUAAAGUAUAUAAAAUAUUAACAAAAAAAAAAUAUGCUCUUACUGAAAUAUAGUUUUUGUUAAUUAA